AUGGCUCCCUACUUCGCCAACAACUCCUGCGACCCCUUCCACCCGCCCGGGAAGCCCUGCACGCUAGACAGCUACGUCGCAUACGCCGUCAACGCCAGCACCCCGGAACACGUCACCAGAGCCUUACAGUUCGUGCGACAACACAACAUCCGCCUUGUCGUCCGCAAUACCGGGCAUGAUUACCUCGGAAGAUCGACUGGCGCAGGUGCCCUGGGCGUCUGGAUGCACCAUCUCAAAGAGAUCACCGUCGCCGACUACCGGGACGCUCGGUAUACGGGAAAAGCAAUCACGGUGGGCGCCGGCGUACUAGCCAUCGAUGCCUACCAGGCUGCAGAUGCGCAGGGCCUACAGAUCGUUGGUGGAGAGUGUCCGACCGUGGGACUCGCCGGUGGAUAUACGCAGGGCGGUGGGCAUUCGAUGCUAUCCUCGAAGUACGGGCUUGCAGCCGAUCAGGUCCUGUCUUGGCAGGUGAUUACCGGAGAGGGGGAGCUGGUGACGGCCACGCGUGAAACGUAUCCGGAUCUAUAUUGGGCGUUGAGUGGUGGUGGCGGAGGAACGUACGGAGUCGUUUGGUCGAUGACGGCGAAGGCUUACCCCGACACACCAGUCUCCGGACUGAAUAUGACGUUCUCCAGGGAAGAUGUCGACGAGGAGGAGUUCUAUCGUACCGUGUCACGGUUUUAUGCCAUUUUGCCGGAUAUUGUCGAUGCGGGAGCCAUGUGUGUCUGGAGCUUGACCAAUACGUCCUUCUCGAUCAGCCCACUCACAGGUCCGAAUAUUCCCGCCACCGAGCUGGUAGACCUACUCAGUCCGUUUACCGAUCCUCUUGAUGAGGAGGAAAUCACUUAUACUAUCUCGGCCGACGAUUUCCCUGGUUAUCUUUCCCAGUUCCAGAGCAUAAUGCCGGACGUGCCCGUGAGCGAGACACAACUCGGCGGCUGGCUGAUUCCGCGCGGCAUUGUGCAGGAUAACAUCGAGAACUUCACAGCUGCGGCUCGUCAGAUCGUCGAGGACGGAGCGUCCCUUGUCAGCGUCGGACUCAACGUGUCGAAGGCUGUCGCUGGGAACGUGGAUAAUGCCGUUUUGCCCGCGUGGCGGGAUACAUUGGUUCACGCCGUGAUUUUGACGCCGUGGGAAUGGAACGCAGACGAGAAAAUGCGUGAGUGGCAGAGAAAAAUGACGGACGUUUACGUUCCCCUGUUGAGUCGAUUGGCGCCAAAUUCGGGGGCUUAUAUGAAUGAGGCCGAUUUCCGACAACCCAACUACCAACGGGCAUUCUACGGAGAUAGUUAUGCCAAGCUGCGAGAGAUCAAGAAGAAGUACGACCCGUUCGAUGUGUUCUAUGCGCCCACAGCCGUUGGAUCGGAUGAGUGGACCGAGUCGAAUACGGGACGCUUGUGUCGUGUAAGUCGUGUAUGA